UUUUCUACAGGAUUUAGCCACCGGCACGCGAACGCGCACACACACACAGCAGGUUUAAAGCCAGCGUUUAGACGCCUUUCAUUCUUAAAGGUCCUGGACAGGAUUGACAUCCAACCGCUAGAAAUGCGGAAAGGUAAGCCAGGGCAUAACCGCGGGUUAUUUAAAGGCGACCUUGACCUCGUAGGGGCAUGUUUCAUUACCUGCCGCCCUCCUCUUACCAUGGGAAGACACCCGGAUAAUGGGACAAAUAAAAGCAACGGCUGUUUCCUUUAACAGUGCGGGAGAAAUAAAUGGGAAACGGAAUUAAAUCACUCUCUUGCUUAGCUUUACCUCAGUUUGCAAAUCGUUUGCGGCAGUCAGUUCUUCAAAGACCUCUAUGCAAGCAGCCGAGGAAAAGGAACAUUCUCUUAUGGCUUAAUUAUUUCUAGUGCAGAAAGUCGAGAGUAGGAAUAAGUGGACGGUUUUUGCAAACAUUGGGAUUGAUGCUUUUCCACACCUUCCCAAAGGAUCUGGAAUGAAGGAGAACUCUGAGGUGGAUCUGUUUGCUGAUACCAUCAGAUUGUUGUGGGGUUUUUUUUUUAAAGAAAAUGACAGUGAAAAGCUCUUUGCAAACGGGGGAAACAGAUAUCAAAUGGCAAGCAUGGUUUAAGGUUCUUCCAAAGCACUGUGUUCGCCAUUUAUGGUUGCUGGACAACAGGUAGGCUAUGUGCCACCAGCUGUAGCCAAAUGUCUCCAUCAGUACCCAACUGUUUUCUCAGUGUCUCAGGGAGAUGAAGCACCUCCACAGGUGGAGCUUAACAAACAACUGACUUCUUAUGACCAAAGGACAGCUGCUGUACAAGGGGUGCUCAAGGAAUUGAAAGCACAGCAAGCUUUUCCUUGUUUAAAAGGAUGGAGGAAUGAGAUGUACAAUGUAAGCCUCUAUUUCUGUGAUACACCUUUCUUCAGCAUGGAACGUGCUGCAACACCACUGCUGGGAGUGAAGUGCUAUGGCGCCCAUCUGAAUGGCUAUACUUGGAGAAAUGGUGAAAUGCACAUGUGGCUGGCCCGUAGGGCCCUGGACAAACCCACAUAUCCUGGCUUAUUGGAUAAUUUGGCUGCAGGUGGCAUUUCAUCAGAGCUGGGUGUCAGAGAAACAAUAAUAAAAGAGUGCCAAGAAGAGGCUUGCAUCCCUGCUUCCCUUGCUGCACUAUCCAAAGCUGUUGGAACUAUCAGCUACACCUAUGAAGGAUCAGAUGGGGGUAUCUAUCCUGAAUGCCAGUUUGUGUUUGACCUGGAGCUGCCUGAAGAAUUUGUCCCCCAAGUGGGAGAUGGAGAAGUGCAGGAAUUCUACCUUUGGUCACUUGAUAAGGUGAGAGAGGCCAUUGGAUCUUCAGAUUUCAAGCCCAACUGUGCAAUGGUAGCACUGGAUUUCCUAAUCAGACAUAGUUACGUUCAACCUGAUCAAGAACCUCAUUAUGUAGAGUUGGUGGAAGGGCUACACCAGACCCUCUGAAAGGCCAAGGGCUGCCUGCCGAGAUGACACAGAGCUCCUCCAUGUUUUGUUUUCGCUAAGCCAAGACCGGUGUCUCAAAUGGAAACCCCAAGGACACAGACUACAAGAGCCCGUUCAGCUCUGCAAUCACUGCCCCUUUUCAGCUGGUCUGUGUGGAGAGCUUGUAAGCUCAGGGUUUUACUGUACCACGUUUAUACGUAGCGCGCACCAGAAAUGCUUAAUGGUCACAAGGGCACCAAGUACACCUUUCUUUUCCCACAUGCUUCAGCCAUGUAAAAUCCUCUUUUGUCCA